AUGUCUCUCUUCAAGCGCAAGCACUCCAAGGCAGACAUACAGCCCCCACCAGCCUCUGUGCAGCAGGCCCCACCGGCUAGCGUACCGAGUACUCAGCAGAAGGGUGGUUACGGAUCAGUGGGCGUGGCAGGCGGGGGGAACGCGAACCCGAGGCGGAUGACCAGCAACCCGCAACUCAAUGCGAAUGUCCCUCAAGGUGUCCAGCCACCCAUACACCCUUCGCAGAUUCAUAAUUUUGCUCCCAUGAGCAUGCCCCAGCCCGGUUUCACUCCCCCUCAUCGCCAGUCCCAAUCACCCAUCGUCAAUGGCCCUGGAGGUACUGCGGCUGGGUUCCCCACACCUCCCAUGAAUGGCUCACCACACAUGAGCAUGUCUCCCCAGUCUCAUUCUGGACAGGGGAUGUACCCGGCGCAACAGUCACAAAUUGCUCCCCCAGCUGGACAGGACCCCGCUCAGCAGCAACAUUUGCCCAAGCAACAACAUGAUCCCUCCAACUUUCCAUGGCAAGUCCGCCAUCUCCGGACCUACCCACCGUCCUCCCCUAAUAUGCCAAACUCGCCCUUCCCCCGAUAUGGCUUAUCUGUCCCCUGUUUUCCCUCGCAUUCUGGCCACAUGCUCCUUUUCGGAGGACUGGUCAAUGAGCGAGUCAGAAACGACUUGUGGUCAAUCGACAUCCGGGACUAUUCGACAAUGUAUGUCAAGACAAAGGGAGAUGCUCCACCUCCAAGGGUGGGACAUGCGAGUGUGAUAAUGGACAGAAUUUUGAUUGUGUGGGGAGGAGACACGAAAGUGAAUGCUUCUGAUCCUCAAGAUGAGGGUCUGUAUGUUCUCGAUCUACGCUCCCAAGAAUGGACUCUUCUUCCCGUUGCUAGAGGGCCAGUCGGCAGAUAUGGCCACGCAGUCUGCAUGGUGGGGUCCAAGUUCUAUGUCUUUGGUGGUCAAGCAGACGGGGCGUUCAUGAACGACAUGUGGUCGUAUGAUAUCAAGCAACUGACAUCUCCCAAUGCUCCUCAUAUAUGGGAGCAGGUGACAUACACUACACCCCCUCCCCCUGCUCGUACUGGACACGUUUUGGUAUCCUCGUCGAGUGAAAAGAUCUACCUCUUUGGUGGUACUGAUGGCAACUACCACUACAACGACACGUGGUCGUUUGACCCGGCCACAGGUGCUUGGUCCGAACUCACCUGCAUCGGCUUCAUCCCCCUCCCCAGAGAGGGCCAUGCCGCGGCUAUUGUAGACGACACUAUCUACGUGUUUGGUGGCAGAGACGUCAAAGGAAAGGACCUUGGCGACUUGUCUGCGUUCAAACUGUCAAACCAAAGAUGGUACAUGUUCCAGAACAUGGGUCCCGCUCCAACUGCGCGAUCUGGUCACGCGAUGGUGUCUGCACACGGAAAGAUCUUCAUUGUCGGUGGUGAAGCCAACCAGGUCAUCGCUGAUCAGAAAGACGACCCCGCACUCGUCCAUUACCUCGACACCACCAAGAUCAAGUAUCCCGCCGACAAGAAGCCCCGAGACGACGGUAAGGGCGCCCAACCUGGCCAGAGCCCGCAAAGACUCCCUCAUUCGGGUUCGAUGGAGCAGCUCCACACCCGCGCUGGCUCGCCGCUCAAUGAGGGGGCGACGCCCCCAGCACAGUCCCUCGGUGCAGUCAUCACCCCUCCGACUCAGACGCCCGAGGCUGCUCAGAUACCACCCCAAGUUCAGGUCACGCAGCCCCCCGUCCAGUCUCUCACCACCGCUCAACAACCCCGCUCCAUACCCAAAACCAACGGUGCUCCACCCCAACGCCCUCAUCGAGAAGGUGACGAAGAAUAUCGUGAAGCCAUGUCCCCAGCCAAUUCUCACCACCCAGAGCUUCAUUCUCCCCAGUCAAGCUCUAUCCGCGUGAGUAGCCCAAUAAACAAUUCGCCGGCGUCGCCGAAGAAUCACCCGAAAGUGAUAUUCAACUCGAGUCUCACUGGUACUCGAUCGCCGAGCCCGAGGCUGAGGAACGCAGAUGGUACUUCAGCGGAAAAAGAACGUGCCCCACCUCCCCCGGAUGCCUUCUACUAUGGCAGACGGUCGCCUACCACGAGCGGCUUUUCGCUGCAUAGUGCGAGUGGCCGACCUAGCUCUCUCGGGCCUUCGACAGACUUGAUCAGAGAGUUGAAGGCUAGGGAUAUCGAGCUUGAGGAUGGGAAAAAGCGAGAAGCGGCAUUGAAGGCCAUCUUGAGCCGAGCGAUGAAACAGGGCUUCGUCUUUGGCGAUGAGCGUCCAGAGGGCAUGUCGCCGGAUAUGAGCAUCGACGAGAAUGAGGACGGCGGUGAGAGAGCCGUCAAAGAGCGGAGGGUGCAAGACGUGGUCGGCAAGUUGACUGAUGCUUUGGUGAGGCUGAAGAAAGAAAAGGCCGAGAUGCAGAACGAAUUGACGUCCCAAGUCCACGCCGCUUCCGACAAAUCUCGCGAAGCCGACACCCUUCGCCGAGGUGCUCUUCAAGAGACUGCAUUUUACCGCGCAAAAAUCGCUGCACUAGAGUCCAACUCUGCCAUCGACCUCAAGCGUCUCGAACAGGACCGCACGGCUGAGCUCGAAAAGCAGAUUGGAGUCCUCGUCAAUGAGAACGCAGAUCUACAGAAAGAGCUCGAGCGCGAACGCGAUAACGGAGUGCAGACGAGGGAUUUGCACUCUUCUGCAACGGAGCGAGAGGCAGAAACGCUAAAAAGGGCGGAAGAAGCGGAAGAAGCUCAUCGAGGAGCCGUAGAGGAGCUCGAGCAACUGCAUGCGCGAUUCAGUAACCACGAACAAUCCAUUCGCGAGCACUCGGAGCAGCUCGUCACACUCUCAUCCACCCUGCAGCAACGCGAGGCUGAGCGAGAGACUUUAUUGUCGCAGCUCAACGACGCUGUCACUUCUCGAGACCAGCAUAUCCUGUUGGUGGAGGAAGCUCAGAGGGCCGUGGAUUCCGGAGGGGCAAUGGCGAGUGAGAUGGAGGCCAUGUACGCUCAAGAACUGCAAAAGGUCGCCAGGCUUGUGGAGCAGCUCGCUGAGACUCAGGCGGAACUUGAGAAGCGAUCUCAGCUAGCCGAGAUUGCAACCGAGCGUCUACAGGAGAUUGAGAAAGCGUAUGCCAUCUCUCGCGAGGAAGCUGAUUCGCUUCGCGGGUCUGUCAGCACCCAUCUCGGUGCUAUCCUCGACUCUCACAAGGAACUUCGGGCCGAUGAAAGCCGGCUCACGCGAGGUCAUCAAGACAAGCUUCGCGCUUUGGAGGUGGAAGGCACGAGUCUCAGGAAGAUGCUGAACGAAGCCGGGCAAAGGGUAGAUGCCGCUGAAUCUGGUGUCAGCCAUCACCGAUCCAAAGCUCGAGUCCUUGAAGGCAAGGUGCAGGCACUCAGGGGUGAACUUCGUGCUGGCCAGACCAAGCUCAUGAGCGCUCAGUUUGAAGUCACUCGCUACAAGGAGCUUAAUGCCUCUCGAGACGAAGAGUUGAGAGAAAAGGAGCUGGCUGUGACAGAGGUUGAGACCAGGUGCACCAUGUUGCGCAAUCUCUUGGCUGAGCACGGCAUCGCCAUCAACAGCACCGACUUGGACAACGUCGAGACUCCAUCCAGUCGCGAGCUCGAAACACAGCUUCGAGACCGAAACAGAGCCAACGAGUCUGCUCAACGAGAGAUUCAGAGCCUUCGUGCCAGAAGCGAAGAAGCCGAGGACAAGGUGGAGUCUCUCAGUCGCCUUAUUGAACGCAUCAAAGAUGCUCGAAGUCCGACAAGUUCCAGUAUGCGUUCCCCCACGCCCACGGGUGGGGAACCAGGUCGAGUCGGUGAGCUGGAGAAGAAGCUCAAUGACAUGACCAAGGAACAUAAGGAUAAGGUUGCGGGGCUGGAAGCCGACUACCAGACCGCUGUGAGGUAUGUGAAGGGUACGGAGAAGAUGUUGAAGCGGAUGAAGGACGAGUUGAACAAACAGAAAGCGACCAACGCUACUGUUCAGACUGAGCUUGACCAUCUUCGUGGCAGAUCAUCUGUCUCUGGCCGUUCCACACCUUCUUCAAUGCUCGAAUCCGAUGUCCAGCGCCGCUUCUCCACCCUCCAAACCCAACAUCAAAAGCUGCAAGAAGAUUACUCUGCUUCUCAAGACGUCUUGUCGGCUCGAAACCGUGAGGUCGACCUCUUGCGGAUGAGAUUAGACGAGGCCGAGCGGGAUCUGGAAAGCUUGAGGGAAGAUUUGGCGCAGGCGCAGCAUAGGAUACAGACGCUGUUGGAUGUGAGAGGUGUCUCGGACGAUGAUGAAGCCGAAGGUAGCGAGGAGGCCACUUUGGCGCUGGACAAGUUUACAAAAGAACUUCGACAAUGGGAAAGAAGUCGGUCACCAGGGGGCACCAGCAUUGGCGGCUCCUCCGAUGAAGACGAGACCAUUCACAUGCCCGGUCAAUCGAAAAAAACAUCCCAAACUACCGCUGCCACGAAAGGCCAUCAACGCAAUAGCUCAGAGUACAGUGGUGAAUGGGCUCGUUGA